CUGUAAUCUCGUGCAACGUGUGGCGAAGGCUGUCCCGCAGUAGACUUGCUGGUGACGCUCUCUAGUGUGUGGAGUUCAAAACAGUUUGGAAUUUUAUCAAAAACAUAUUGGGAUUAUGACACUUUUCAAAAAUCUUUUUUGAGGGAUAAUGAUAUGGCAAUGGAUGGAUCUACAACUAAUAUCCGGACCCGUGCCCGGUUUGUGGGAUCCGGACAUUCAGCACUAAUCGUCGUUAUUUUUAUGUUUAUGUUCUGUGCGGUGGAAGGACUGUGUCCGAGUAAACUAAAGAUGCGUUCCUUCUCAUGUUUCGGUGACUACAACACCCAGUUCCUCAACAUGCAGAAAAGUCAGCGGACGUUGUUCUCGGGUGUUGAUGUGGAGCUACUCCGGGCAUUCUGCAGUGCUUAUAUGUCCGCCAUGUCAUGUAUCAAUGAGCUGAGAAUGGAAUGCGGGAAGGACCACCAUCAGGUGAUCGACGGACCCCUUAUCAACCUGAAUGGUGCCACGGAAGAAUUGUCCUUCAUGUGCCAAAAUGAUGACAUCUACGAAGUGUACGCCCGCCAUAUGAGCUGCUAUAUGUCACACGGAAGUUAUUCUGAGCGUUGCUUUAAUGACGUCAUGAAUACUACGAGUCGUUUUCUAAAGAGAGUGAAUUGGAAAUCUUUGGAUGACUUAUGCAGGGACCUGAGUCAUGUGCUACAGUGUAUCAAGGGCAACAUUGGCCGGAGCUGUGGUCAAGAGGCGGCCAGUCUGAUGGACGUGCUGGCCAAACCGAUGGUCCGGAGUAGCACGAUGUGCGACAAACACGUGUUUUCAACAAAGGAUUAUUCGGAAACGUAUCAGAAGACUACAUUCACUCCACCGGAAGGCACAAAUCGUCGUGUGAUAUCAAUCCGCGAGAGUGAUCCGUAUAAUGCCGGAAGUCGGACUACAUUGUACCCACUUUCUCUGAUAAUCUGUGUUGUGAUUAGUUGGAAUAUCAUUAGGUCAAAACAUAUAUUUUAUAGUGAACGGAGAAUUUGACCUUAAUGUGAUGGAUUUAUGCUACCGGGCUUUCAAAGUUAUUUAUUAUUGCAUAGAGUGACUCCAGUUAGUAUCAUUAUUUAUUAUUUAUCACUGUCACUAGGACCUCAGAAACGGACACACUACUGAAACCACGUGACUUUAAUGUAAAGUCACUCUGACAGUUUGACACCAGAAGUGUUCCAACGACUAAUGGUCAGCAACAUGGAUUGUGUUUUAAAAUGGAUCAAUGUCCGAAGCUGACACAAAAAGUUGACGGAAAUAUAGAUGGACAUUUUACCCUCGGGGCAAAUUCACGGUGUUGAUGGUGUUGAUGGUUCAAGGUGAAUUGGCUCUGCAAAAAAAGUGAAGAUGUUCCGAACGUUCAAUCACCGACGAGAAAAAAAAUGUUUACAACUUAAUGUACACCCUGCAUGGAGUUAGAAACGAGAAUGAUAUUCUGACAGAACUUCUGUAUUUACAAUGGGUGUUUACGAUGAUAUACGGUCAUGACACGGGCUGUGUAUUAUGGGGUGUUUAGGUUGUGUGCUAUCUGCAAAGUAGGAAGAAUGUCCCGGAAGGAUUUACGCCGAUGACUCCUGCCGACAUGGAGGGUUUCCAGCAUGACAUCAUAGUGUAGUUCUGUCUGCAAGAGAAUAACAUGACGUCACAUCCGGUGAUAGCUACUCUUUCGCACAACGCUGAGAUACAAAUAAGUACCGAGCACACUUCGGAGGACAACAACAUUCCAAUCUAUUCGACAAUAUAAAAUCCAUAUGAUACUGAUAUAGACAGCAUGAUUAUAUGUGGUGCAGACACUGAAAACUUUCUACGCUACUAAAUAUAAUCAUUAGCAUGUAUACAUCUGCGCCUGAUCAUCUACGUUAUUGAUAUAAGUGUUCUACGUCAAUGAUAUUAGUGUUCUUCGCCAAUCAUAACAGUGCUCUACGUCAUAUAUCGUAUUCAAAUGCUUUGUCACAAAUGUUUAGCAAUAUAUGUACGUUUGAAGGGACUAAACCAGAGAUUCAUGAAAACAAUACCAAUGGAUAACUUACAAAGAUGUUGUGUAUAGAUUAUCACGCAAGUAAAAGCUCCUAUUUUUAAAAAAAAAAUUAAAUUGGUCCCUUUUUAACUCGACUUGUCCAUGUUUAUUGUUUACGCUUAAGAUGAAACAGGUAUACUGUAGUAAUAGAAAUGAACAAUAUCUACCAUGUACACAUCAUUGACCAUGUUCUGGCAUAUAUACAGACUUGUAAUGAUUUAACAGUUUCACAGCGCUGACCACAGGUACUUUCUGUUCGAAAUUAUACUAUACAAUGUACCUAGAAAAAUAUUGUUACUAACUUGUUUUUAAUAUUCGAGUAUAUUGUCUUUUGUUGGGGAAUGGUUUUAAUAAUCAAUAAAAUGUCUUAUCUUUA